CUCGGGGGUGGGUGUCGGGUCGGGUUCAUGGCUUGCCUAAUGUGUGAUUGUGCUCUCCUUUUCCCCACCUUUUUUCCCUAGCCAGUUCCAGUUCAUCUUGGUGUUCCCUUGUGUUCCCGGUCGGUCGGUUGGCCCAUUCGUUCCACCAGAGCCUGGUGGAAAGGCUUGAAAUGCUCUUGUCGUCGACCGGAAUGAGAAUUGAAUCCGUGUCAUUGUUGGCCCGCCAGGAGUGGGAUUCAAAGACCACGCAGAAUUAGUUGGCGCGCUAGCCGAGUGUUUGGCCGGUGGUUGUGCUGUUGGUAGUGGUAUUUGUCGCCGAGGCCGUGGUCUUUCCACGACCCACUCCUACAAUACGACCACACUAGCUGAAGAAGAGCAGGCGGCCUCUGACCCAAAAAGAACGAAAAAGAAUUGCGAAGAAACGACUGAUCCUCUCUGGGUGGAGCGGACGGUGGGCGAGUGGGUUGGAUUGGUUGGGCUCUUGGUUGGGUAGAAACAAGGAACAGACACAGCGGUAGAAAGAGAAAGAGAAAGAGUGAUCAACAUUGCCACUGCUCAAGGGAGCUCUCAUCUAGAAAUCUGUUCAAGACUCACGCGGCCUACUCAUCAAGUCAGAUGUGAAAAAGAUUCGACUUCAUCGAUAAAGUGUAAAUCCUGGGAACAGGCCAUUGGCAGUUCCCUCUAGAGCCUCCUGGGAGAGACAAAGUACAUUUCAAAACCUCUUGGAUGCUCUGUGCGGAUCGCGUUAUCCAACAUCGACGUUUGUUCAGUGAUAUUCUCGCUGGGUGGUGAGCCCACGCCUGAAUUCGGUUUUUCUCUCGGCUUCUCUUGUCUUCUUUAGUGCCUGACUGAAAAUGAUUCAGAACGAGUUUUGACGAAAGAGUCUCUUCGCGAGAUGGCCUCGGCUAACACUAGUCCAAAGUCUUCCCAUGAAUCCUCGCCUAGGCUCUAUGAACAGAAUAAGAUGAUCGAACAGCCCACCCCAAUGCGUUAGCAAUAAUACGUUGACGGCUGUCACUCGUUUGCUUGCACCAGUAUUACUCACAUCUUAUAUCUCGUGUACUGCUUUUUCUUUUGUAUACAAUUGCAAUCUUCAGUAUCAGCCAUAUCAUGAAGCAACGUGGUCGAUCUCCCGUCAUGACCACGCCUCAAUCUACCCCGAACACCUUGGGGUUGACAAGUCUCCCUCCCAGUGCGAAGACUCAUCGUGAAGCCAUCCCACUGUCGGGAUCGUCAACCUCCUCGGGCGGUAGGGGAAGCAUUGGAGGUCGGAGUGGCUCGGCCGAUGAGAACGCCCUCAGCGUUCCUUCAUCCUCGAGCCAAACCACCAAAGUUCCGAGUGAAAGUGGCUCAGAAACCGCGCAUGAGCAUUCACCUAUGCACUUUGUGCGAAAACAAAGCAACGGCGAUGACUCACUCCAUCGAACACCUAUGGCCCACUCGGAUAAUUCCGGUCUGGGUAACAGUCUAUUCUAUGACGAUCCCGAUCAUGACCAUCCCGUGAGUCAAACGCCGGACCCGGUUGUAACCCAAAAAGCUAUUGAGCAGGUCAUGAACAAAAUUGAGCGUACCAAAGACCUCAUUCGGGAGCAACAGACCAGUCGUGAUAAGAAUGUCAAUGAGUACCUCAAGCUGUCUUCCAAUGCGGAUGGUCUUCAACAGGGCCGCAUCAAAAAAGUCUUCGAAAAGAAAAACCAAGAGUCGGCCCAAUCUAUUCAGCAUUUGCAAAAGAAAUUGGACGAUUAUCAGCGGAAGAUGAUUGAUCUGCAGGAAGGCGGUAUCAAAGCCAAGCAAGGCCAUAAGCUUGGCCAAGGUUUCCGAUCUGUCCGUGGCAACAUCCGAGAUGGAAUUUCUGGCAUGUCCAAUACAGUUAUGGCCAAACCAAAAGAAUUUGCUCACCUCCUUCGCCAUAAGUUUGGCUCAGCCGACAACUUGAGCUCCCUCUCCAAAGAAUGUGAUUCUGACUCGCGGGUCAAGAAAGAGACUCGUGUUCACCACGGUAGUGCCUCGUUACCUCGAGAAAAUUCAGGGGGCGUGUAUUCGGGAGAAACCAAUUCCCGCGAUGGAUCCCAUAGCCGACGAAAGUGCAUUUCCGACGACGGACGGAGGUCCGAACGUAGUGAGAGCAUUGCGACCACGGCUUCCGAAGACCGACCACUUCCGUUGGAUGAAGACCCAGUGGCAAUCUCACCUCAACGACAUAUGACUGCCAAUCACCAGAUCUCAAGCGACACCUCCGCCGACUGGAAAACUGUGAUGCAAGAGCUGACGUUGCACAAGGAGGAGGUUGAUCAUCUCCGCGAAGAAAUCGACGAAAUGAGACAGUUUUUUAAGCAAGAAAUCGAGCGUCUCAAUUAUCAAUUGCAAGAAAAGGAUCGCUUUGAGCGGCUCGAGGAGCAAAUGAACGACAUGACGGAGCUCCACCAACAUGAGAUUGAGAACAUUAAGUCCGGGGUGAACGAUAUGGAAGACAAAGUCCAAUACCAGAGUGAGGAGCGACACUUGGAUAUUAAGGAGCAUCUCCAGAGUCUCGAAACAAAAGUAACAAGUUUGGAGCAUCAACAAAAUCAGCAGCAAUACCUAAAUAUUGAGGGUCUGGACAAUACCGAUGCCCGAGCCAUCAUGAUGAAGCUCCUGACCGCCGUGAUUACUGUGAUUCACAUUCUUCUCUUUAUUAUGGGCACAAGUAUGAGCUUGGCCAAGCCAUUCCUACGAACCACUUCACGAAUGUUUACCACUUGCCUGGUGGUGGUUUUGUCCAUAUAUGCCUAUUACCAACAAGAAUCCUUGACCGAGUUGUAUCAUAAGUACAGAGUCACCAGUUUGAAUUAGGUUCGACGACCAUUCAUUCUGCCAUCUCUUGAUAUUUGUAACGGUUCAUAUUGUCAGAUAUCUUACAUAUAUCUCAGUUCCAUCGUCCAAUUUUGUGAGAGGAUUGAGGUAGCAUCAAGAAAGUGAAUCAACUUCCAAGUGAUACUCGCCACACCCGUCAACUUUAGGACCGAAAAGAAGAAGAAGAAGAAGAAGAGAAGAUGAUGAAGAAGAGACUUAAGAAGACGACGAACUACCCUCCCGACAUCAUGUCUGUCUCACAAAGUGUCCCCAUCAAUGCUCUAGUGACGAGAGCCUCUGCCAUUCGUGCAAUCAUAUAAUAUUGAGUUAAUAUGCUUUCCUUGCAUCUGUUUCGCAAUGCCAAUUGACAUAUCAUCCUGAUCCAAAUUCCUCCGAUUUGCUUGCUUCGACUUUGUUUGAUGCAAUGUCUCACUUUGCCCGAGAGCUUGCCACGAAACAAAUUGCCGUGCAUAGAUGCACCCUACCCUAGAUCUGAGCGUUGAUGAUGUUUUGGGAGCCUUCUCAAAGCAAGUUUCCGUUUGCUACGCUUAUUGGAAUCUCCGAUAGUGCUUUAGACAUGUUACCCCUCUUGUUCAUGGAGUGUUCUCCCAGUCAUACCUUAAUUAAGUUUUGCGUCAAGAGCAGACAAAGUAUCUGUUACGAAUGAAACUGGCAAAUACCAAAACAAAACCAGAAUACAAACAGAAACCACCAUUUUUUUGCUUCAAGAAGGAAAAGGAAAUAUAUUUUUCAUUCUCAAGGUGAGACGCUUUUGCUUUCUCUCUUUCAGA